GCUUGGUUUGAGUCUGCAAACUAACUAGUCAACUAAUUCUCUAGUGGCAAAGACUGACGAAACACCACGCGAUAGUCAAGCCCUAAGCCUUUUCUGCCUGGUGCAUGCUGAUGGCUUCAUCCAUGAGAGACAGACAGACAGACAGACAGACAGACCCUCUUGGAGUAUCCGCUGAGUCACUUAGUGGGUAUUCUUGUCUGCCUGUCUGAUUGUCACCUCCACCCCAGUGCUCCACUUGCAUGGCAUCUAAAAACAACUUCCACACUAUGGAACAUUCUCCGCAACUGCUGCUGCUCACUGCUCGGUAAUUUCCCCUGGAUUAGCGCGUCGGUCAUUCUUCUUCGGUUCUUCCUGCCACGCGAUGACUGCCACUCCACCACAGGGCACGGCUCCUCUUAUAAACCCGCUGGCAUUCCUGUCAUCCCCAUCUCGGAUUUCCUCCAUCUGCACCUAUCCGUCAUGUUCUCGGGCCUUGUCCUGCUCCUAGCCAGCCUCGUGGCCCUGCUGUCGGCCGUAGGGAAUGCAGCCGUGACCAUCCAAUCCUCCAACACCACCUGCCGCUGCUUCCCGGGGGAGAAAUGCUGGCCCUCACCAGCUGAAUGGACUCAAUUCAACGAAUCCAUUGACGGCCGACUAAUCCAGACCAUCCCUCUCGGCAGGCCCUGCCACACUCCCUCCUACCAAGCAGGGGUGUGCGACUACCUUCGCGAACAAUGGACGGAGCCCGAAAUCCACUAUGAAUCGUCCUCCUCCAUCAUGGCCCCCUGGUUCGCCAACGGCUCGUGCGAUCCCUUCCACCCCAUUGUCAAGCCCUGCACCCUGGGCAACUACAUCGUCUAUGCCGUGAACGUCAGUCAACCCAGCCACAUAUCGCGCGCUCUGGCUUUCGCAACCGCCCACAACCUCCGCGUCGUCGUCCGCAACACCGGCCACGACUACAACGGCAAAUCCACCGGCGCUGGCGCCCUCGGCAUCUGGACCCAUCACCUCAAGGACAUCGACAUCGUCGACCACCAUGAUCCCCACUACUCCGGCAAGGCCAUCCGCCUGGGUGCCGGCGUCCAGGGAUACGAAGCCUGGGAGGCCGCCGACGCCCACGGCUACCAGGUCGUCAGCGGCGAGUGUCCGACCGUCGGCAUCGCAGGCGGCUACUCCCAAGGCGGCGGCCACUCGGCCCUAUCCUCGCGCUACGGCCUCGCUGCGGACCAAGUCCUGAAAUGGGAGGUCAUUGACGGCACGGGGCGCUUCAUCACCGCUACCCGCGACAACGAAUACAAGGACCUGUAUUGGGCCUUGAGUGGUGGCGGCGGCGGCACGUACGGCGUCGUUUGGUCCAUGACCUCCAAGUUACAUACUGGCACGCCUGUCUCCGGACUGAACCUCACGUUUACCAAUACCAACAUCUCCCAAGACACUUUUUACUCGGCAGUAGGCCUCUACCACUCCCUCCUCCCGUCUAUUGUCGACGCCGGCGCAAUGAGCAUCUGGUACUUCACCAACACGAUAUUCUACAUCGCGCCACUAACGGGGCCCAACAUCACCGUCCAGGAACUCAUCUCCCUCCUCAAACCCUUCCGCGACGGGUUAGAGAAAAUGGGCAUCAGAUACACCCUCUACGCAGAGCAAUUCCCGACCUAUCUGGCUGAAUUCAACGGCAUGAUGCCCAACAUCCCCGUCGGGGAGGCGCAAUACGGCGGAUGGCUGAUGCCGCGAUCGGUAGUGCACGAAAAUAACACUGCGUUGACGGCGGCGUAUCGCCAGAUCACGGAGGACGGGGCGACGUUUAUCGGGGUGGGAUUGAAUGUGUCGAAGGCGUUAGUUGGGGAUGUGGAUAAUGCGGUGUUGCCUGCUUGGCGGGAUACGUUAAUUGAUACGACGCUUACGACGCCAUGGCAGUGGGAUGCGCGCCAGGAUAUGCUGGUGCAGCAAUAUAAAAUGACUUAUGAGUAUUUGCCGUUGUUGGAACGGUUGGCGCCGGAUUCGGGGGCUUAUAUGAAUGAGGGCGACUUCCGCCAACCCAAUUUUCAAAAAGCAUUCUACGGAGUGAAUUAUCCCCGACUACGACAGAUCAAGAAGAAAUAUGACCCGCUCGAUGUGUUUUAUGCCCAAACGGCUGUGGGUUCGGAUGAGUGGACGAUGUAUCCUGAUGGGAGGUUAUGUCGGGUUUCUACUUCUGAUGAUGAUGCGGAUGGUUGGGAGUAUUUCUAACUGCAUUUUAU